AAAGUUUGGUUCUUUAGCAAUUAUACCAUCAUCCCCUUUUCCCCCAAAAACCCUCUCUAGGGUUCAUAAUUCUCUCUUUCUCUUUCUUGCUUCCUUAUAAUUUGAAUUAGGCCUUCUCAGCUUAUAUUAUUCCAAAGUUGUAAUCUUUUUGGGUUAAUCUUCAAAUUCAAGUGUUGGGUUUUUCAUUAAUUAACAUGAACCAAUUAACAAUUGGGCAGCAAAAUCGAAUCUUUAUGUUUUUUUGCAACGCAGAUAAAAGGAAAAUAAAAUCUGGGUCUAUCAAUGGCUUCAAAGAGGAUUAUAACCAUAUGCCAAUCUGGAGGAGGGUUUACCACAAACCCAGAGGAUGGUUCAUUGCAUUACACUGGUGGGGAAGCAUAUGCUCUGGACUUGGAUGAGAACACUGAGUUAGAAGAUUUCAAGCAUGAAUUAUCUGAGACUUUCCAGUGUAAUGUUGAUGGAAUCACCCUUAAGUAUUUUCUACCUGGAAAUAAGAAAACCCUCAUCUCUAUUUCCAAAGAUAAGGACCUGAAGCGCAUGGUGAACUUCUUCAAGGAUUCUGACCAAGUUGAGGUCUUCAUCAUUGCUGAGGACGAAGUUGUUGCUCGCAAUGUUUCCAACUUGCCUGUGAGUAGGUCCAGCAGGACUACUGUAUCUGAGGCUGGUGUUCCUCCUGGUGGCACUGAUGACUUGUGUGGUCCGCAUGAUCUGGUUUUUAUGGAGGAACCAGUUGACCAGUCUUCACUUGAUAUCUGUCAUUCUGGAAAUGACGAGAAGCAUCGCAGAGCCGCUACUCAAUGGGAGAAUACCAUCACUGGCGUUGACCAAAGGUUUAGUAGUUUCUCGGAAUUCCGGGAAGCACUGCAUAAAUACUCCAUUGCCCAUGGAUUCAGUUACAAAUAUAAGAAAAACGACAGCCAUCGUGUAACUGUCAAAUGCAAGGUCGAAGGUUGUCCGUGGAGGGUAUAUGCUUCUAAGCUGGCUACCACCCAGCUCAUCUGCAUCAAGAAAAUGAAUGAUAAGCAUACUUGUGAAGGAACUACAGUAAAAGCUGGUUACCGAGCAACAAAGGGUUGGGUAGGAAAUAUCAUCAAGGAAAAGCUAAAAGUUUCUCCCCAUUACAAGCCUAAGGACAUUGCCACGGACAUAAAACGCGAGUAUGGCAUUCAACUUAAUUACUCUCAAGCUUGGCGGGCCAAGGAGAUUGCCAGAGAGCAGCUUCAAGGAUCUUUUAAGGAGGCUUACUGCCAACUACCUUAUUUCUGUGAGAAGAUAAUUGAAACAAAUCCCGGUAGUAUUGCUACAUUCUCCACGAAGGAGGACUCCACUUUCCAUCGAAUGUUUGUCGCGUUCCAUGCCUCGCUAUCUGGUUUCAAAGCUUGCCGUCCGCUUAUUUUCCUUGACUGCACUCUUCUUUACUCAAAGUACCAAGGCACCCUGUUGGGUGCAACAGCUGCGGAUGGGAAUGAUGGUGUUUUUCCAGUGGCCUUUGCAGUGGUAGAUGAAGAAACUGAUGAAAAUUGGCACUGGUUCCUCUCAGAACUAAAGUCUGCUGUUUCAACGUCCAGGCAAAUAACGUUUGUUGCAGAUCUACAAAAAGGAAUAAGUGAUUCGUUACGAGAUGUUUUUGGUGAGGAUUGUUAUCAUGCUUAUUGCCUACGCUAUCUUGCUGAGAAACUGAAUAGGGAUUUACAGGGACAAUUUUCACAUGAGGCAAGACGCCUCAUGGUCCAAGAUUUGUCUGCUGCUGCAUUUGCACCAAAACUUGAUGCAUUUGAAAGGUGUGCUGAGAACAUAAAAGCUAUCUCGCCUGAAGCCUACAAUUGGGUCAUUCAAAGUGGGCCAAAAAACUGGGCAAAUGCUUUAUUUGGUGGAGCUAGAUACAACCACAUGACCUCAAACUUUGGGCAAUUGUUCUACAACUGGGUAUCGGAGGCAGAUGAGUUGCCUAUAACUCAGAUGAUUGAUGUAUUAAGAGGGAAGAUGAUGGAAUUGAUCUAUACGCGUAGAGUUGAAUCUAGUCAGUGGACUACCAGACUAUGUCCUUUGAUGGAGGAAAAGCUUCAGAAUGAAACUUCAAAGGCACAAUCGCUGCAAGUUUUGUUCUUACAGGGGAACACAUUUCAAGUUACAGGUGAGUCUGUUGAUAUUGUGGAUAUUGAUCACCUGGAUUGUAGUUGCAAAGGAUGGCAGCUCUUGGGGUUACCUUGUUGCCAUGCCAUUGCUGUUCUGGAAACGGUUGGUAGAAGUCCAUAUGAUUAUUGUUCGACUUACUUCCUCGCUGAGAGCUACCAUGCAACUUAUGCCGAGUCAAUUAAUCCUAUACCAAAUGUCGAAAAACCUGUAAAAAGUGAAUUGGAUGUUACUGGUGUUACCGUAACCCCUCCACCAACAAAACGACCACCCGGUAGACCGAAGAUGAAACCUGUUGACUCCCUGGAUGUUAUGAAACGCCAGCUCCAGUGUAGCAAAUGCAAGGGCCUAGGUCACAAUAAAAAGACUUGCAACAGACUCAAUGGUAUCAAAGAGAAUGAAGCAAUAGAGAAAGAAGCAACAGAGACCCCACUUUUGAUGAGUCUACCCAGUGAAGAACCUGUAGGAAGCACAUAACGUGUUCAGUAUCUUUUUAGCUUUAGGCCUUUGUGUAAUUACUUAUUAAUUUUGCAAAUGGGAUUAGGUAGGUGGGUUGGUUGGUUGGUUGUUGCUAGACAGGUCACUUGAAUCUCUUGUAGUAAGCUGGCAAGACUGCAGUAGUGUGAUAAUGGAUCUUUUCUUGUUUCUUGUAAAGCAUUAGAUAGUAUGAUAAUUUGUUUUCUUGAUGCAAAGCCCUUUCCCAUUCUCCCAUCAACAUGAGUGUUCAUGUAUUUCAUGAAACUGAAAAUAUGUGUAUAUUUAAGGAGCAUGGGUUUGAUCAGCCUCUGGAACUUUCACGGAUUAUAUGUUUGGAAGCAACAACUACCGCAGCGUGCUGUAGCGCUUUUCUUCGUUCUUGAUAAACAUUUAGUCUUAGCAGACAUUAGCAAUUGUAAUAUAGUUCUUUUGCCGGUAGGUUAACGUCCUAGGAUUUGAAUUUUAAGCGGCAAUGCCCAGUUGCUGUCUUUCUAGCGGUUGAUGCUAGUGCUUUGUUCAU